AUGGCGGCACGCUCCAAAAUUGUUCAGACUCUCGUCGAUCAAAUCCAUCAACAAGAUGAUUGGGAAUCCAUGUUUCAGGCUGCUGUUGCUGAUUGUAUCAGCCAAGCGCCAGUAUACAUGGAGAAGUACAGCAUCCGUACCCUGAAUGACUAUUUCGAUUACAUGGACACUCUCUUGACUUGGAUUCCUAGCGAAAUAGUCACAGCGACCCAACUUCUCGAGCGCGUUCGAGUCUUUUACUUCCUGUUCCAACAAGAAGCUGUCCGCAGCCUCCAGACAGAGAUCAGUCCGGAAACAACGCAUGUUCCUCUGUCUUGGAUGUCAAAUUGGCUCGUUUCCUAUGCACGCAGCCUGGGAGAAUUUCUCGAUACUCCUGCCUCCCUUACUUCUGAAUCACUGGCGACUUUCUUUGCGUGUCCGAAGCAUAACCUGAAUGAUUACAUUAUACCUGAAGGUGGUUGGAAUACAUUCAAUGAGUUCUUUGCUCGCCGAGUUCGACCGGAAUGCCGACCCAUUGCCAAUCCCGAAGAUCCUACCGUGAUUGUCAGCCCUGCCGAUUCUGCAUAUCAGGAUUCUUGGCCCAUCGAUGAUCAGGACGGUACCGUCACUUUCAAAGGGAUUUCUUGGCGGAUUUCUGAUCUACUCCAAGACAGUAUCUUUAAGGAUGAAUUUCGCGGCGGUACAUUUGUGCAUUCCCUUCUUUUCCCGUGGGACUAUCACCGCAUGCAUUCACCACUCGAUGGCGUAGUCCUUGAGGCCCGUGUUAUUAAUGGACAGGCAAUGCUAGAGGCAAUCGCCGUAGAAGGACGUCCAAAGAGUAACCGAGAUAAAGAGGAGGGUUAUCAAUGGUGCCAAACACGGGGACUGGUUGUUCUGGAUACACAAAUUGGCAAAGUGGCAAUUCUGCCGGUUGGUAUGGGCCACAUCUCGUCGGUACAAUUGAGUGUGGAAACGGGUCAAAAAUUGCGCAAGGGAGAUGAGCUCGCUUUCUUUCAGUAUGGCGGUUCAGAUAUUGCUCUUGUUUUUGAGAAAGCGAGCCAAGCUUCCAUUUCCGCUGUUGAAGAUCCGCAACAUCCCAUGGCACGCUACAUGGUGGGCGAGAAGAUAGGAGUUUCCGAGCGCCAUUAG